AUCACUGGAAACAAUGGUUCGGGGAGUUUUGAUCUUCUGCAAGAAGGUAUAAGCUGUCCAGAUGGAACAGUAAUUGUAAAAAGGACAACAAUGCAAGAUCUUAUGCAUGCACAACGUUUGAAAUCCAUGGGAUUCAACGGCCCGAGACCUUUUCUCAAAGAGAGAAAUAACACUAAUUCAAAUGGAAUAUUCUACUUUGCAAAAGCUGACUUUGGACCGGAUAGUUUUUCUGGAGUAAAAGGAAACAUUAACAUAUGGAAACCAAAAAUCUUGCUAGAUCAAGUUAGUCUUGCAUUCAUAAGCGUUGGUGGAGGGCCUAAAGAAAAAUUCGCCAGCAUUUCAGCUGGGUGGAUGGUGAAUCCAUCGCUCUACUACGGUGAUUAUGUUCGCUUAUACGCCUCAUGGACUAUACACGGAAGCCAGACCGGCUGCUACGACAUGUCAUGUCCUGGAUUUGUGCAAGUUAGCAAGACUAUACCACUUAGUGCCAUUCUUCAACCAAUUUCGAUCUAUGAUGGUCCACAGUAUGAAUUGCCUUUGACCUUGUAUCAGGAUCAGGUCAAGGGAGAUUGGUGGUUUGCAUUUAAGGAUGAGAACAUUGGAUACUGGCCAGCAUCAUUGUUCAAGUCCCUGAGCUUAGCUAACAACGCAAAUUAUGCAUCUUGGGGAGGUCAAGUGUACAGCCCAGUGACAGAGAUGGCUCCAGUAAUGGGAAGUGGUCAUUGGCCUAUUGAGGGAUUUAAAAAAGCAGCCUAUGUGAGCGGCAUCAAAAUCAUCGAUGGUUCGGGGACAGUUCUCGAUCCAGAAGUUGGUUCAGUGAAGGUACAUGAGAGCAGACCAAACUGUUACAAAGCCAGAUAUGUUCGUGAGGCUGCUAAGCCUUGGAAAAAGUCUGUUUUUUAUGGAGGUCCUGGAGGAUGCAUAGGGUAAUUGAUCUAUGAAAUAAAGAGUAGCAAUAUCUUAAGACUUUUUGAUAGGCUAUAAAAGAAAUUCAACAGAUUUGGAAUAUAUCUAAGCAGUACUUGCGCUCUAAUGAAUAAUCAUAAGUUCA